AUGGUCAUGUCUGGUGUCGUCUAGAAGAUUCUCUGUGGUUCUCCAGAGACCCUUGUCAGAGACCUCCUGAAAACUGGAUCAGGAUUCUUCCCAACGAACGUUGAUGAAGGUUUGAAGAGGCGAGAAGAUACUACUGGUCAACUUUCCAGGAAAGUGUUAUUAGUAAAAAGAUACCAUUGGUAUGAGACCGGCGAAUCUAUAGAUUCCGUUAGAUAUCGAGGAGGAGAAGAAGAAAGCAGGGUGAAGAGUUUUUGCCGUGUGUGCCAGAUACCUGAGCAGGGGCCGACUUUCUUCUUCCCUGGCCACGCCUCAGAGAACCGUUACUGCCCACUUUCCAGCCUCUUAUGCACCGAGGGUAGGGGUCACCAACUUUGA